UCCAUAUGUUACAUAUUGCUUUCGCACAAGCCCGGUUAAAUUGAUACUUAAAGUGCAUGUCUAGUCAGAACGGCCAUAUUGAAAAGUAAAGGGAAUUGGAAAUCCAUUGUUUUUGUUUAUUCAGACUCGAAUACAGGAGCAAACUGACCCUGCAUUUGCAUGAGGCCACAUGGGUUAGAUGAAGACACACUUUUUUAUCUGAUGAAAACACUGAAACAUAAUUUGAAGAAACAUAAGAGGAAGAAGGACUGACAAAUGACAAUGCCGUCGAAACCAGGGAACAUACGAGAUCCGGAGGUGGCUGGCCUCUUCUCCACCGAAGAUCCAGAAAAAAUGUUUGAGGAUCUUCGAGAAAUUGGGCAUGGGAGUUUUGGAGCAGUAUACUUUGCAAGAAAUACUCAAACUAAGGAGAUAGUUGCCAUCAAGAAAAUGUCCUACAGUGGAAAACAGUCAGCAGAGAAAUGGCAAGACAUAAUCAAAGAAGUACAGUUUAUGAAGCAGUUAAAACACAAACACAUUAUUGACUACAAAGGCUGUUUUCUGAGGGAACACACUGCAUGGCUGGUGAUGGAGUACUGCUUGGGCUCUGCGUCAGACAUCCUUGAGGUUCACAAGAAGCCCCUGAAGGAGGAAGAAAUAGCACAGAUCUGCCAUGACGCCUUACAAGGCCUCGUGUACCUGCACAGCCAGAACAAGAUACAUCGGGAUGUCAAGGCGGGGAAUAUACUUCUCACUGAGAAUGGCACAGUGAAACUGGCUGACUUUGGGUCUGCGUCUCUUUCCUGUCCUGCCAACUCAUUUGUGGGAACCCCGUACUGGAUGGCUCCGGAGGUGAUACUCGCCAUGGAUGAGGGGCAGUAUGAAGGCAAGGCUGAUAUCUGGUCACUCGGUAUCAUGUGUAUAGAACUUGCUGAGCGGAAGCCGCCUCUUUUCAACAUGAAUGCCAUGAGUGCCCUCUACCAUAUUGCUCAGAAUGACUCCCCAACCCUCGCAGGAGGAGAGUGGUCGGACAAUUUCCGCAACUUUGUAGACUCCUGUCUCUCUAAAAAUCCUGAUGACAGACCUACAGCAGAAUACUUGUUAAAGCGCCAUGCUUUUGUGAACACAAUAGAUGCAAAUACUGUGAUACUUGACCUCAUACAACGGACAAAAGACGCUGUACGAGAGUUGGACGACCUCCAAUACCGACGUAUAAGGAAAAUUCUCAUGGCGGAGACGCCGUCAGAAGAUCAGGCGAGCUUGAACGGGCCUGAUGAUAUCUCAGAAUCAUCUCAGGAUGAUGAGACGAGCAAGUCUAACAGCCUGGCUAGUCAGCAGAGUGCAAGUCAGGGGUCCCGCUCUAGCAGUAUGAACAGCCUACCGGGGGCCACCAAUGAUGCUGAGGUCAUCACCUUCGCUAGGGAUCGCAGUCCUUCUCCACCGGCCCUCCCUCCCAGAUCUCCCAAGGUCCAGGAAUGGCCUACUCCGGCAAGACCCACUUCAUAUGGUCAUUUCGGGCAUGGAAAGAGCUCUUCACGGAUGGGUGAACCAGGGUCGCACAACUUUGCCACGAUACGGACAACGUCGAUUGUGACCAAACAGAUCCAGGAACAUGAGCAUUCUAAUGAGCUCAAAGAACAGUUUGCUGGCUACAAACGUAUGAGGAAACAACAUCAGAAACAGCUGCAGCAGAUGGAGAGCCGGUAUGCGGUUGAGAUGGAAGAACACAAACAGAAGCUAGACAAGGAAUAUGAGACAACACGGACAAACUUUAUGAUGGAGCUUGACAAGCUUAAACGCAAGAUGUUGCAGGACCUAGAAAAACGACAACGUAGCAAUGCUGACAAUGAAAAGAAGUUACUGAAGCAGAUCACGGCAGAGCAGGAGAAGGAGAAGAAAAGUUUCCUCGCACAGCAGAAAAAGGAAUACAAGAUGAACAAGGAACAAAUCAAAAGGAGCAUAGACUCCAGCACACCUAAGAAGGAACGGGAGGAUGCAAUACGUAACCAGAAGGAGUCGAUAUCAAUGAGACAGAAAGAGCUGGAGGAUCGCCUGGAAAGACAGCAGAAGGAGCGCCUUGAGUACGAGAUACGCAAGUUCCGACGACGACGAUAUCUGCAGCAUCAUCAGCUAGAGCAAGAACUUCUCAGGGAGGAACUCACUAAGCGGCAAGCCCAGCUUGAAUACGAACACCAAAUGUUGUUAAGGCACCAUGACUCAACGAGAGAACUCGAGUUUAAACAGCUAGAAAAUAUACAAAAACUGCGGGAUGAUCAUCUACGAAAACAGCACCAUACAGAGCGACAAAACCAGCAAAAUUAUAAUACCAAAGCAGAGCAAGAUCUGCGGAAAAAACAUGCAAUGGAGCAGAAACAGCAGCCAAGGAGUUUAAAGCAAAAAGAAUUGUCAAUACGUCGACAAUUCCACGAAGCAGUUAAGACCCAACAGAAACAGUACAAGGCGCUUAAAGACCAUAUCAUUGCCACGACGCCACGUAAUGAGGUGAAGUCGGUGGUUAAGAAACUGAAAGAAGAGCAGAUGAGGAAAUUGGCCAUACUUGGGGAACAAUACGAACAGAGUAUAGCAGAGAUGCUGCAGCAACAAAAUCUUCGAUUGGACGAGUCGCAGGUCGCCGAGGAGCGAGACUUGAAGGUUCGACUGCAGCAGGAGCUAGAACUGUUGAUGGCAUACCAGAGCAAGAUCAAAAUGACAACAGAGUCUCAACACCAGCGGGAGAGAAAACAACUGGAGGAAAGAGUCUCCCUCAGAAGGGCCCUGCUGGAGCAGAAGAUGGAGGAAGAAAGUGCCAAGUUUGAACAAGAGAAAGCUGAAAGGAUUCGCCGAUGUCAUGAGAGACAGAAUCACGAUAUGGAUGAGUUUGACAAUGAGACCGUACAGCUCGGGAUUAACUCACGAGACCUGAUACAGGCAUCAAUACACGACACCCAGUAUGACGACAUCAGCGUGCGAGGCAGCAUGAUCAGCCUGAACUCAAGCCACAGCACUAGUUCAUUCACUAACUCACAGGCUUAUGUAUCAUAAUGACUCCUGCGGAAGUCUUUAAACAUGAUAAAAGUUAGUUGUUCCCUCUUGGGUAUUUGAUAGUCAGAAACACAGAGAGGAUUGGUUUCAAUAUGCAUGAAGUGCUUUUGUUUUCCGUCAGCUUUGAAGAGCUGGCUGGAAUGUCAUAAAAGGUUUAUAUCAUGGUAAUGAUUGUUGUAUGGAGACACAAAAAUGUGAUACAGUUCCAUGAAUUGUAUUAUUGUUUGUUUCAAUUCAGUAAACCACGAUUAUGUGCAUAAAACCUUUACUUAAUAACAACUACUAAGUAUAGUCAUAUAUAAGACCAGUGCUAUUCCCGGUACAGACAAUUAGUGUGAGAUUUGUAAACAUUAACCUGGAUGAAUAUAUCCAGGUGUUACACCUGCCAUGUCUAGCUAGGAAGGCUACAGACACUUUCGUACACCAGAGGACAUACUGCAGUGUACACCUUGCCAAAGUUUUUAAUUCCUGGUUGCCAAGAUACAAGUUUGGCCUUUAUAGGUCAAGGGUCACAGUGUCAAGGUCAACAGCCUUUAAGGCCUAAGUGCAUGUUUAAAUCUCACCAGGUAUUAAAAGGGAGCUGUUUUUAAAACUGGUGCAAAUUGAACCAUGUUUAUCAAUAUACACAACAAUGUAAUGUGAUAUAUAUUAAUUGUAUUUGUAUGACUGUAUUGCAUAUUAUCUGAAAAAUGUAUAAAUCAACAUUAAUUUUAUACUUUUCAUAACAUUUAAAGAUAUGUUACAAGUAACUUUGUAAAAAUAAUCGUUCAAUCAUAAAAUAAAAAGCAAAAUUUGAUUUAAAAUGCCAGUUAUAUUUGUCUUAAGAUUUGUAUUGAAAUUAUAUGUUUGCAUCUAUGAUAGUCCGGAUUGUAACCUAAUUCAGCUAGUUAAUGAUGUAUUGCUAAUACUUCAGUAAUUAAUAUGAGGAUUGUUUCUUUAUAUCAUAUGCAGCUACUUUUUUGUGUAUUAAUGUAGGUGUCCUCGUUUUCUGUUAAUUAUAUGCAGAUUUGCUUACAGUUUGAAACAUACACAGAUGCAGGAUUUCCUUAAUGCUAUAAAGGAUCUUGGUCAAUGAUUUUUAAUCAAAAUUUUAAUGAUUUUUCAUGAAAAAGUCCAGGAUUAAUUAAGGAAUACUCAUGAUAAAAAAUUAUAAUCACUAUCAUAACAUACACUUACAUGUACUUUGUAGAAUUGAGUGAAGUUAAAAUUUCUGUUCCUAGCCUAUUUCAAAACCUUAUAUACAUGUGUAUUCCUUAAACUUAUUGAUCAAGCUUCUUUCACUCGUAGUCGUGUUUUCAGGAUUAGAAACUAUGAGAUUUUUCGCCACUCACAAAUCAGAAUCAUUCCUCAUAUCAUUUUCUCUGCUUUCAUGCCAAAUUCAUGUUAACAGUCAUGAUAACUUUGUACACAAACAAUAACUAUAGAUGGGUUUUAUACAAAUGUUUAUGUUCUAACAAGAUAAGGUGUACCCAAAUGCUUAUAGUUUACUCACUGACAACAUACUUGUGAUCAUACUGUGUGAUGUAUUAGGUGUAACUGAACUUAUCAUAUUUUAUUUUAUGAAAUUCAAAUUGUACAUGUUAUUUUGAGUGUGUAAUCCUAUUAUAUAGGAGGUCCAUUUUUAUCUAUGCAGAUUAUAUUUUUUCAUUAUUUAGUUUUCAAGUAAGUUUUCUUUUUUUAAUGAAAAUAAAUACUUGUUAAAAGGCAAUGGAGUUGAAAACCCACACAUACCGCCAUGCAUGAAUGUUGCAUGUCAUAGUUUUCAAUUCCUUUUUUCAUUCUAAAGGUUAUGUUAAAUGAAAUAAGCAACUGUUGCAUAACUCUUAUUCUAUAAUUCCAAGUGAUGUCUUUCAGCUGUAGUAUAUGAAAUAUAAUGUAUGUAUGAACAGGAAUUACAAGAAUGUGUAAACUAUAGAUGUAAGAUUUAUGGCUAAUCCACUAAUCUAGCCAUCUGCUAGAGGAAUGGAGGAGUGAAUACAGGUCUACAAAUAAGAAAGUAAUUGUAUCUUUUUUUUCGAAGUUGUAAACAUGACAAAAACAAAUUGGCAAACGCCUUAAUUAAUAGUUAAUCCUUUUUAAUCUUUGAAGAUGCAUUUUGGUCAAUAAAAAAGGAAGUUAAUCUAAUGAAAAAAAAGUUUCUUGUAUUAAUCUGUGUACAUGUAGAUCAGUACCUACCUGGACAUGCACCUUAUGGUGUGACUGUUGCUUGAAUAAAUAAUAAACAUAUCUUUUGUGACUUUACAUGGCACAAACUUCCAUUUAAUGCUGUUUCCCACUAAUUAGCUAGCAACUGCAGUGUUGUCAGUGUUUGCUGUAACUUGGAACAUUGGUGAUACCUGACUGUAAUGAAGGACUGUUUUUUUAGGUAAUCUGUUAUCAAUAUAGAAACAUAAUGCAUGUUAAAUCUGCUCGUUAUUCUUUUUAAUAUACACAUGUUAUUUACAAAAUUUACAUUACAUUUAUGUUAUAGUGUAUAAGUUGCAUUUUUACUGACAUUUGAAUAUUUAGAAAAUACAUCGGUUUAAGUGCAUUGAUAAAACAUGUAGCAUUUGAAAACAAACUAAGCCAACAAACAGGGUCAAAACUUCUAACUCCUUAAGGUCAAUUGACAUGGGGAAAAAAACCUCCCAGAUUGUACAUAUUAUUCAUAAAGAUUCAGCACAAACAGAUGUACCAUGCGGAUUAGUAUUUAAUGUACAAAUGUAGAUUCAUUUUGUUUAACAAUCAAGGUAAAUACGAGGAUGGAAAUGUUCUAAUUUUAGCAUCAUGUCAAUUGACUUGCUUUAUUUGAACAUCAGACAAUAUAUUCCUUUCUUGCAUGCUCAUAUAUUAUCCUGUGUAAGGCAAUUUCAUCAUUUUUCAUGCAGACUAAUAGUUCAUGAACUGAAUGGCAUCGUAAUACUAGUACCUCAAAUGUAUGACUUUCUUCUUUAAGAUGACCGUAGGACAAUUUCUUCAAGAAACUGCUUUUAUUUAGUGCUGGCUUCUCUUGUUCAUUUUCACGAUACAAAUGUUGAUUCGUUCUAAGGCAUUUAAGUAUGUUCAAUUUUUGUGCAUCAGUUACUGGUAUUUGUUUGCUAUAUUUCAGGAGUCUUAUUCAAAGGGUAUCUUCUUCAUGUAAAGUAUACAGUUGUUCACAGAGAGUCUUCUCAGUAUUUCCUACACUUCCUUAACAUUACAUAAAUGACUCUUGGAUUAAAAUCGUACAGAAUAAUCAAUGAUCCCUAAGUCUUUGUAAAGUAAAAUUGGCCAGUAAUAUUUUGUAAAACAUAUUGAUGUUUUAAAGUUGGAAACAUAAGAUACUAGUGGAAAAGAAACUGCAUUUAAAGAAAUCUGUCAAAAAUAAUGUUAAGUAUUUUGAUGAUGUCAUGAGAUUUACCUCAAUUAUUUGACGCAUAAUUUGUAAGAGGUAGGUACUUCCUGAAAGCAUGUGACAUUUUUCAGUAUUAGAUACCUUUGAAAACUGCUAUUUCUAUGGCAAUGUAAGAACUAGUAUAUUUUUGCUUGCACAGUUUAUUGCGCUAGCUUAUAUACUUAGUAAGGGAUUGUUGAAACCAGAAGUGGUAUUUUUGUUAAGAUUUCAAGGUACACAUUGUACAUGCAUAACACUUGUUUAAGAUUACAUGUAAUUGCACAUUGAAACUUUGUCAACUGAUGUCAAACUCACCAAAACAUGUACAUUUCUAUGAUCAUAUUAAAUAAUGUGAUGUU